AUGGACCGCUACGAAAUCCUAAGACCAGCUGGGCAAGGAGCAUACGGUAUCGUAUUGCGCGCCAGGAUCAAAGAGAGCGGAAAAACGGUGGCGAUAAAGAAGAUGACCGUCACAUCGCGGAAUCGUUUACAAAUACUGCGAGAGCUCUGUGCACUGAGGAACCUCCACCAUUCAAAAGUUCUGAAGCUAGUGGACGUCUUCUGUUCUCGUGACUCAUUAUCACUGGUCACCGAAUUCGUGCCUUAUCAUUUGAAUGAUAUCAUCACCGAUCCCGGACGUCCAAAAGAUGACAGAUUUCUGAGGUUUCUUUGCAACAGUCUAUUUUUCGAUUGCCUUUUCUAUUUCAUUCUUCCAUCGUUGUUAUUUUACUGCAAUGAAACCUCACGAUAA